AAUUUAGAAAAAUUAAUAAAAAUACCAAAAAUUUGUACCAAAAUUAUGAAAAGUUUAGUCACAGUAAUCCUUCGCAAAACAAGAUGGAUGAGAGCGAUUCGGCUGUUAUGCCUUAUGGAAAAUUCAAAAUUUUGUUUAUAAACGUUUUUGUUAUAUUAUUUAAAGCAGCCACAUUGAAGCCGCGCAAACUCUAUUACAACCUUAAAACGAUUCACGAUGUGCUUGAAAAAUCCUGCUGCAACACUUUGCUCUCACAUUUAUACAUCAUAUUUGUGUCCUUGAUGAUUUUAGCGAAGUUCAUAAUGAGUUAUCUAGGGCUGGCGGCUAAUAUUAUAGCAUUAUUUCCAAUUUUGGUGGAGGAAUUUGCCGAUCUACUUGUACCAAGCAUUUAUGUCCAAUUCGUGGAGAAUAUAUUAUUCGCCAUUAUGGAGGUUAUAGUCGGAGGUAUAACGGUUCGUUACUUUUUACCAUGCAAAAUACCGUUAUUUAUUAUAUUCGUUACAAAAAAUAUAAUACAAAUAAGCAUGGGCAUAGCAGCGUUAAACAUCUAUACAGAUCUUCAUCAAAGCCUAAAAUACGAUAUGGAUAUGGUGGAGAACGGAUCGGAGAUGGGAUCUAAUGAGGGGGAAUUAUUCUUGCGCAAAGAGAGUUUGGUAUGACAUAAACAGAAAUAGUCAAUCGCACUGAACACUUACCGGCGGUGUUUUAUUAACAUCGGUGAUCUGUAUAUUUAGUAAGCCACGACCUUGUUGCACAGUUGGCGCUGUACUAUCCGUAACGAGUACACUAAUGCGUAUGACCUUGAGCGAUGCAAUUAAAAGAGAAAUAGAAAUAUUUACUCAAUAAACAUAAAAUGAUAUUCUUUGA